AUGGUAAUGGAGGAACAAAUAUUAGCUUCUUCUUCAGCUGCUACUGCUGCUGCUGCUGCUCUACACGUGCAGGCCACGUGUGAUCCAUCGGGGUCAGGUGGUUCAGGUGGAGCUCGGUACAAGCUGGUGGCUCCCGCUAAGCUACCGAUCUCAAGGUCGGCUUGUAUUACGAUCCCACCUGGGCUUAGUCCUUCUUCUUUCUUGGAGUCUCCUGUUCUUCUUUCAGAUGUUAAGGCAGAGCCUUCACCAACUACCGGUUCUCUCAUCAAGCCUCAAGCGGUGCACGCAUCUGUUGCUUCUAGUACAUAUUCGGCUGCAGCUGUGGGUUCUAAUGCUUUUGAUGAAAGAAAUUCUAGCUGCUUUGAGUUUAGACCCCAUCCUAGAUCAAAUAUGGCUCCUGCAGAUUUAAACCAUCAGAGAAGUGAACAAUCUCUGCAGAUGCAAGGUCAAUACCAGACUAUAUCAUUCAAUUCAUCAUCUUCAGUUAAGAGUGAGAUGGCAGGCUCCUCAAAUGAGUUGAGUCUCUCAGUACCUGUUCAUACAGCUACUUCUAUGGCUAGUGCUACUGCUGAAGUUGAUGUAGACCAAUUAAACCAGAUAGGGAACCCAAAUAGCGGGAUUCAGGCAGGGCAGUCUGAUCAUAGAUCAGGUGGCCCAUCAGUGCCAUCUGAUGAUGGAUACAACUGGAGAAAAUAUGGACAGAAACAUGUGAAAGGAAGUGAAUUUCCACGCAGUUAUUACAAAUGUACGCAUCCUAACUGUGAAGUGAAAAAGCUAUUUGAGCGAUCUCAUGAUGGACAGAUUACAGAGAUAAUAUACAAAGGUACACAUGAUCAUCCUAAACCUCAACCUAGCCGCCGAUAUUCUUCUGGUAAUAUCAUGCCUGGCCAAGAAGAAAGAUCUGACAAGGUCUCAUCUUUCACCGGAAGAGAUGACAAGUCAUCCAGCAUGUAUGGCCAGAUGGCUCAUAGUAUUGAGCCAAAUAGUACUGCAGAUCUAUCUCCUGUUACAGCUAAUGAUGAUAACAUAGAUGAGGUUGACGAUGAUGAUCCAUUCUCAAAGCGAAGGAAAAUGGAUGGUGGGGUUGAUGUCACUCCUGUGGUGAAGCCAAUCCGGGAACCACGUGUUGUUGUUCAGACUCUGAGUGAGGUCGAUAUACUGGAUGAUGGGUAUCGAUGGCGCAAAUAUGGGCAAAAAGUAGUGAGAGGAAAUCCUAAUCCUAGGAGUUAUUAUAAGUGCACAAAUGCCGGUUGCCCUGUUAGAAAACACGUGGAGAGGGCAUCUCAUGAUCCAAAAGCUGUUAUAACCACAUAUGAGGGAAAACACAAUCACGAUGUACCUACCGCAAGGACCAGUAGUCAUGAUACAGCAGGGCCUGUAGCUGUUAAUGGGCCGUCAAGGAUUAGAUCAGAAGAAAACGAUGCGAUUAGCCUUGAUCUUGGUGUUGGGAUUAGUUCUGUUCCCGAAAACAGUUCGAAUGAACAUCAGCAAUUGCAUUCUGAACUAGUGCAAACCCAAGCACAGACUGGUGGCUCUAGUUUCAAAUUAAUUCAAGCAGCUCCAAUAACAACAUAUUAUGGUGUUUUAAAUGGUGGCAUGACUCAGUAUGGCUCUAGAGAAAAUCCAAGCGAAGGUCGUGGUGUUGAGAUUCUACCCCUAAAUCAUUCUUAUGCAUAUCCACAGAGCAUGGGAAGAAUACUAACGGGUCCUUAAAUCGGGUAACAGUGAAGGUGACAAGAAAUAAACCAAUGGACAGGAUUUCUUUUUUUCCAUCUUUUUGGCUGGUAAAAGAAAAGAAGUUAGAAUUGUAUUUUAAAAAUAUGGAUUGUUCUUCAUAUAUAUAUUAGUUUUACUAUCUGAGCUGAUUUUGUUAACUGGACUACAAACUGCCUUCUGCUGCCAAUCACUGUUUGUAUCAACUUUGGAGUUUGUACAAAAGUUGGACUGAUACAAGUAUUAUUUUUCUUACAGGAAAGUGUUGUAAACCAAGUUCUUGAAAUGGAAUUUGUAAGAAAUUAUGUGUUCUA